AUGAGGGAAAUCAUAAGCAUUCACAUCGGACAAGCCGGGAUCCAAGUCGGAAAUUCGUGCUGGGAGCUUUACUGCCUCGAACAUGGGAUCCAGCCUGACGGCAUGAUGCCGAGUGAUACUACGGUUGGUGUUGCACACGAUGCUUUCAACACUUUCUUCAGCGAAACCGGUGCUGGAAAGCACGUCCCUAGAGCCGUCUUCGUCGAUCUCGAGCCCACCGUUAUUGACGAAGUCCGUACCGGAACUUACCGGCAACUUUUCCACCCAGAGCAGCUCAUCUCUGGAAAGGAAGAUGCCGCGAACAACUUCGCCAGAGGACAUUACACUGUUGGGAAGGAGAUUGUGGACCUUUGCCUUGACCGUGUGAGGAAACUUGCCGAUAACUGUACUGGCUUGCAAGGAUUCUUGGUGUUCAACGCCGUUGGUGGUGGAACUGGUUCUGGAUUAGGAUCUCUCUUGUUGGAACGUUUGUCUGUUGAUUACGGAAAGAAGUCUAAACUUGGAUUCACCAUCUACCCUUCUCCUCAGGUUUCUACUGCUGUUGUGGAGCCUUACAACAGUGUUCUUUCAACGCAUUCCCUACUUGAGCACACCGAUGUUGCUGUCCUCUUGGAUAAUGAAGCCAUCUAUGAUAUCUGCCGCAAAUCCCUUGAUAUUGAGAGGCCCACCUACACGAACUUGAACAGGUUGAUAUCACAGAUCAUAUCAUCCUUGACGACAUCAUUGAGGUUUGAUGGUGCCAUCAAUGUGGAUAUCACUGAGUUCCAGACCAAUCUUGUGCCGUAUCCUCGUAUCCAUUUCAUGCUCUCGUCUUACGCACCAGUCAUCUCGGCUGCAAAGGCUUACCAUGAACAGUUAUCAGUCCCUGAGAUCACUAAUGCCGUGUUUGAGCCAUCUAGCAUGAUGGCUAAGUGUGACCCUAGGCACGGGAAAUACAUGGCCUGUUGUUUGAUGUACCGUGGAGAUGUUGUUCCCAAAGACGUUAAUGCUGCUGUUGGUACCAUCAAGACGAAGAGGACUGUUCAGUUUGUUGACUGGUGCCCUACUGGGUUCAAGUGUGGAAUCAACUACCAACCUCCAACAGUUGUUCCGGGAGGUGAUCUCGCUAAGGUCCAGAGAGCUGUAUGCAUGAUCAGCAACAACACAGCAGUUGCAGAGGUGUUCUCACGGAUCGACCACAAGUUUGAUCUUAUGUACGCAAAGAGGGCCUUUGUGCACUGGUACGUUGGUGAGGGAAUGGAGGAAGGUGAGUUCUCUGAGGCACGUGAAGACUUGGCCGCACUGGAGAAAGAUUACGAGGAAGUUGGUGCUGAAGGUGGUGACGACGAAGAAGAUGAUGGUGAAGACUAUUGA